ACAUAAACGUAGCGCUUAGCGGUGAUUGAUCAGUCACUCAAGUCAAUAUUUCAUUACGACCUCUUACCCUUAUGCAAUGCUCGAGUCUCGUCCACCUUGCCUUGUCCAGAAAGUAGACUACGAAUUGAAGACCGAAGCGGGGUUACUAUCUCUUGCUGAAGAACUGAGGUCUUACAUUCUCAGUUUUCUUCCUUGUCGAGAUAUUCUUCGUUGUACAUCUGUAUGUAAGGCCCUUCAUCAGACGUACAUGUCCUCCUCCGAGCUUCAGUACAUCGUCGAACUUAGUGGCCAACGGUUGCUCCCUGUCCCCAACACAAACAACAACACUUCUGCUUCUAGCUGUCUACAGACACUGAGGGACAGGGCCCACGCAUGGUUCAAAUUUGACAUGUACUCUUUCAAAACAAUCACCUUACAAGAAAUCUCGUACAGUAAGAAAAAGUUCAUCGCUGAUGGGCAUAUCUACUCGUGGGAUGAAAAUAAUGACGUGGCCACGAUAAUUCCAAUACUACCAAAGCCAUCGCAAAGAACAGUAGAACGCUCCUGGUCUCCAGGGACAUUGCGUUCGGGACCUAACUCAAUCACCAUGGAUGUGUUGAUGGACCCAGCACAAAACCUGAUCGCCAUUGUGUAUUAUGCCGCUCACGAGAAUGAUCCUUUCGGUGGAGCAGUCUAUAUUGACCUUAAAACUCUGGAUGGUGAUGGCGUUCACCCUCAAGCUGCUGGACCGACACUGCUUCUUUCGGAGCCGUCCAUUUUUGUUGAAACGUCCACGAAGCUCAAAUGUUGGGGGAGACAUAUCGCUUUGCAGCGUUCCUUCUGCAUGACACCUGAUUAUGGAAGGAGUCGCGAUAGGAAAGAGUGGAAGCUGCAGAUUUGGGAUUGGCAAAACUCGACGACAUCGAGGAGCGUCCUCGGCGACAUAGCAGUCUACCCAUCUGAAAACAAUAUUGAUUUUUGUUUUGUCGGAAACGAUAGGUUGCUCGUUGUCGUCGGUGGCGAUCUGGCGGUCUAUUCAAUCGAAGAUGUGUCCCAGAGGCCACAAUUUCUGGCGUGUUUCCGACUGCCAUUCCCAUUGUCGGACAUACAAUGCAUCCUUCCGAUGGAUCAUAUCGAACAGAUGCAGAUGCAAGCCCAACCACAAACAGUGACGCACACCUCAGACCCUACACAUCAACUAUUAUGCCUCAAUGCGUCCUAUAAUACUGCCACUGUGGUCUUCAUCAUCUCUACCACGAUUUUCUUCGAGCUUGACGAAGUUGCAGCGACAAUGCCGAAACCAUGGAGAUGUUGGGGCCCUUUGAAUACUCGUAUUUUCUGGUAUCGGUAUCAAUGCCAAGUCCACGUUAGUGGAAAUCGAGUUUUGCAGGCUAUCAUGGUCGACAAGCCAAACACGAAUCCUGUGGAGUACAAAGUACGUCUGAUGGACUUCAGCCCAAUGGCUGUGACAAACAGGCAGGGUCUUGGGUGCGUGGUAAAGGAGCCAUCUACGAUAGAAAUGAGUCCCUUCAUGGAGAGCACCACGGAAGACAACUUCAGAAUUACGACAUCCCUGCCUUACGUCGAGGUCGUAUCGGACAGGAAGAUCGGUGUUCACGAGUUACAGGGCAUAUGGCUCGACAAGGAUAGGAUCUAUUUGCUCGGCUCAAAUUGGGAUCAUCAUGUCACCGCUUACACUUCGUAUCUUACAUGGCAGUCUAGCAGGCUUGAGGUCAUCAACAUUUAGAGCAGAACUCGUCUGUCAUCUGGUAGUCAUAUCAGCUUGGCACAAUGCACUGCGGAAACGAGAUUUAGAACCAACCGGAAUAAUAUAUGUCUAGAGGCUGAUCUCUGCCCAUCUAGAUCGAAAAGGUGCGAAGCAAAACGCGAUUUCUGUUUACAUGUGUAGCUUCGGACCGAGCGUGACGUGUCGGAUUUAGAUCUGAUUACAAGUGUACGUUUAUAUGGUCGUGACCAGCCUGGAUACUCGAGUGUAGUGAGG